AUGGCUUCUAAGUCCAAGUGCCUACCUUUGACCUAUGUGUCGUCUCGCUUCGGAAGUCAUAAACGCAGUAUCCUACUUCAUUCGUUACCAAGCAUAGUCAAUUCCUUACCCGCUCAGACGAUCGACACUGCUAAUCUAAACAUUCCUGAGCACAUAAGAAACCAACUGGCAGAUCCGCAGUUCAAUGUUCCUGGUUCAAUCGACAUUCUGGUUGGAACAGAAAUGUUCUUCGACAUCUUAGGCGGGGAAAAGUGGCCACUUACUGUUUCGUCAUCGUUACAUAGCACAGAUUUUGGAUGGAUAGUCGUUGGAAAAUUGCCAAUUGCAUCUCGUCAACCUGAGUAUCAAUCACUAUCCCUAACUGGAACUUCAUCAUUGUCCUUGUUCACAGCAACCAGUUCACAACCUGCAGCUGAGGAACAAACUGAAAGGCAUUUCGCGUCUACAGUUUCACGUGAUACCAAUGGUCGCUUCAUAGUGAAACUACCAUUUGCACAAGACCCACAUGUUUUGGGAGAUUCUCGUCAAAUGGCUCAAAAACGAUUUUUUAACUUGGAAAAACGUUUUGCCAAGGAGCCUGGUCUUGCGCAAAAGUACAAAACAUUCAUGGCCGAGUAUCUCAGUAUGGACCACAUGGAGGUGGCAGACCCAGAGUAUUCUGGUCCUAUCUAUUAUCUGCCCCAUCACGCAGUAAUAAAAUCUGAGAGUCUAACAACGAAGCUCAGAGUUGUAUUUGAUGGUUCUGCAGUAUCCACCUCCGGCCUAUCAUUGAAUGAUAUAUUGCUCAAGGGCCCAAAAACUCAGCCAGAUUUAAUUAACAUAUUGUUGCGAUUCCGUGUGCAUCGAAUUGCUGUCACUGCUGACAUCGAAAAAAUGUACCGGCAGAUACGUCUUGCACCUGAAGAUUGCGAGCUUCAACGCAUUUGUUAUCGCGCUAAUCCUGAUGAUCAAAUAACAGAGUAUAAACUGAUAACUGUCACUUAUGGCACUAGAUCUGCUUCAUUCUUGUCAACUAGAUGCCUUGCUCAAAUUGCUCAUGAAACAACUGAUAUUGGUGGUGAUUCAAUUGAAGCAGUUACUGGCAUAUAUCAUCAACUACAGCACAUUCUAGAGAAAUAUGGCUUACCUCUACGAAAAUGGUGUUCGAGUUCUAGUCAAUUUGUAGAUCAUAUACCCAAAGACCAAAGUGAUACAAAUUUUGUCAUUAGUAUGAUUGAUAACGACACUGUGGCAACGUUAGGUCUGCUAUGGCAGCCAGCUACUGAUAAUUUCUUGUUUAGUGUUGAGGACUGGUGUCCACCUCCAAGAAUGACUAAACGAUCACUACUUUCCGAUAUAAAUAGUGUGUUUGAUCCUGUUGGUUUAAUAUCCCCAGUGUUGAUCAAAGGAAAGAUUUUUAUCCAACAAUUAUGGGCGCUAAAAAUAAAUUGGGAUGAAGUUCUCUCUGAGGAUUUGCAAAGCCGCUGGACCAAGUUCUAUUCCAGUUUGCGGCAGUUGAACCAAGUAGCAAUUCCCAGAAGAGUAAUCGUAGAAGAUACAUCAAACAUUAAACUUCAUGUUUUUAGUGACGCAUCCCAAGAAGCGUAUGGAGCUUGUGCAUACAUAUGCUCACAAACUAGCAGUGGCAAUAGUGAAGCCAGGUUGUAUAUGUCAAAGUCAAGAGUAGCGCCUAUAAAAUCGACCACAAUCCCGAGGCUAGAAUUAAAUGGAGCUUUGCUGGCCGCAGAACUAGCAAGGGACAUAUGCGAAGAGCUCAAACUGUUAAACAUUGAGGUAGCACACCACAGUGUAUUUCUAUGGUCAGACUCGUCCAUAGUAAUUGCCUGGAUCAAAAGCAAGUGUAAUUUCCAACCGUAUGUGUCAAACCGAAUCGCUCGCAUUCAAGACAUUUCCGAUCCCAAUCAAUGGCACCAUGUACCCACAAGGGAGAACCCAGCUGACAUUGUUUCUCGGGGCAUGGAUGCAUCAGCGAUAUCCCAUUCAAAGUUGUGGUGGCAUGGACCGCAAUGGUUACAGCAAGAGCCCGCCUCAUGGCCCAGCUCUUACCAAGCCCCUGAAGAACUGCCUGAAGUUCGUCCGGUAAAACUAGCAUUAGCUACAGCCCGUCAACAUGAUUCGUGGAUGUUGGAUCGAUAUUCAAAGUACAUGCAACUUAUACGUAUCACUGCAUUAAUUAUACGGUUUGUGCAAAAUUGCAAAUUAUCUAAACGACAAUGCGAGCGUGUAACUGGAUCAUUGUCUGUUCAUGAGCUCAAUGAAUCCAGAGAAAUCUGGAUUCGAAAUAUUCAAGCAGAAGCCUAUUGUUCAGAGCUGAAGAAUCUAAAAUCCAACUUGCCUGUUCAUCGGUCUAGCUGUUUAGUCAAAUUAAAUCCAUUUAUUGAUCCUAAUGGCAUUUUGCGAGUUGGAGGUCGCUUAGCUAACGCUCCAAUAAAAUAUGAUACAAAGUUUCCGAUUGUACUGCCACCAUCGUCAACUUUCACACGAUUACUAUUCAAGUAUGAGCAUCUGAGGCUAUUACAUGCUGGCCCACAAGCGUUGCUGUCCUAUAUUCAAAUCAAUUAUUGGCCCAUCCGCGGACGUAACAUUGCCAGUCGUACUGUCCAUCAAUGUAUCCAAUGCUUCCGUGCUAAGCCAGGAUCUAUAACACCAUUUAUGGCCCCAUUGCCUCGACAGCGGACCACAAUUGAAAGGCCGUUUUCGCGGUGUGGUGUGGACUUCUGUGGUCCAAUGAUGAUUCGCAGUGGUAUUCGGCGUGUUAAAAGUGUAAAGGCAUACAUCUCUGUAUUCGUAUGUUUGGUAACACGUGCUAUUCAUUUAGAGCUUGUAUCGUCUCUUAGCUCAGAUGCAUUCUUGGCUACUCUCACUAGAUUCAUGUCGCGUAGAGGUCAAUGUAAACAUUUAUUUAGUGAUAAUGGUACCAAUUUUGUUGGCGCUAAUCGAAAACUUAUUGCUCAAAUUCAAGAAAUAGCCAAAACACAUGCAACAUCAGUAUUCCUCACAGAAAAAUCUAUACAAUGGCAUUUCAUUCCUCCCGCAGCGCCUCAUUUUGGAGGCCUGUGGGAAGCUGCUGUCAAGUCCGCGAAACAACAUUUGACAAAACUUUCAAUAAAUGCAACAUUCACCUAUGAAGAAGCUACAACAUUGUUAUGUGGAAUAGAGGGAGUGCUGAAUUCAAGACCUAUGACACCUCUAUCUAAUGAUCCUUCAGACCAUCAGGCUCUGACUCCCGCCCAUUUUUUAAUAGGUGGAGUCAUUACGUUACCACCUGAGUCAGAUGUGUCCACUGUGCCAAUGUCUAGACUCAAGCGGUUCAAAUUGGUACAAUCAUACAUGCAAACAUUUUGGAAAAGAUGGUCUCGAGAGUACCUUCCACAACUGCAGCGCCGAGGCAGAUGGWUAAAGGUCACUCGAAACGUGCAAGUGGGUGACUUGUGUCUUCUUCAUCAAGAGAAUCUCCCGCCUACAAAAUGGGUUUUGGUCAGAGUGCAAGAAGUACACCCUGGUCCCGAUGGGAUAGUUCGAGUGGUCACCUUGCGCAAUUCAUCGGGUACUACAUUUCAACGUCCUGUAGUCAAGUUGUCCUUACUUCCAACAGAAGAAGAUGAAACAGAAAUACCACCAGAGUCCAGUGAAUAG